AAAAAAUGGGCUGGACCGGUAGUAAACAGGCCCAAGUUUAGACAUAUAAAAUCGGACUCCAACUAGGGUUUUUCUUCGGAGAGUUUUCGUCACCGCACAGCACAGCACAGACACAGAGCAUUAGCACCAGCAGCAAUGGCUCCCAAAAAAGGUGUUAAAGCUCCAGUUGCAGCUUCAAAGAAGAAACCUGAGAAGGUUACGAACCCACUUUUCGAGAAGCGUCCUAAGCAAUUUGGAAUUGGAGGUGCAUUGCCACCCAAGAGGGAUUUGACCAGAUUCGUUAAGUGGCCGAAGAAUGUUCAGGUGCAGAGGAAGAAGAGGAUUUUGAAGCAGAGAUUGAAGGUUCCACCAGCUUUGAACCAGUUCACUAAGACCCUCGACAAAAAUCUAGCCACAAGCUUGUUCAAGAUACUUCUGAAGUACAGGCCUGAGGACAAGGCUGAGAAGAAGGAGAGGCUUUUGAAAAGGGCUCAGGCAGAAGCUGAGGGCAAAACAGUUGAAACUAAGAAGCCUAUUAAUGUGAAGUAUGGCCUCAAUCAUGUUACCUACCUCAUUGAGCAGAAUAAAGCCCAGCUUGUCGUGAUUGCUCACGAUGUCGACCCCAUUGAAUUAGUUGUCUGGCUUCCAGCCUUGUGCAGGAAGAUGGAAAUCCCAUACUGUAUUGUUAAGGGCAAGGCCCGCCUAGGAACUGUUGUCCAUAAGAAAACUGCUGCUGUUUUGUGCUUGACCACGGUUAAAAAUGAAGACAAAAUGGAGUUCAGCAGGGUCCUAGAGGCGAUUAAGGCAAAUUUCAAUGACAAGUAUGAGGAGUACAGGAAGAAGUGGGGUGGUGGAAUCAUGGGUUCCAAAUCCCAAGCCAAGACCAAGGCAAAGGAAAGGCUUAUUGCCAAGGAGGCUGCCCAGAGAAUGACCUAGGAGUUGUGUGUUAUAUUCUGUUGUUUCUUUAUGCCAAUUUUGUGUUAUUUACUCAAAUUGAAGUUUUUUUUGUAGUCUUGAUUUCCUAACAAAAACGUUUGUUAUUUACAAUAGCCGGAGUAUUAUUUUUUCUUCAAGUUAUCCUGGAUUCAUCAUAAACAAUAUUACCUCUGGCAACAGAAUUUUGGUAUAAU